AUGGCGGCGAGAUAUGGCGUCACCUGGAACUUGAGAAAGCUGCACCAGGGUAUCAGAGGCCUGACAAUAGCCAAGAACAAGCUAAGAGGGGAGAAGUCCAGGAAUGUACUCCACAUAGCCAGCCAAAAAAGCUUUAAGGUUAAAAACAAAGCAAAACCAGUUACCACUAACCUUAAGAAGAUAAACAUUGUGAAUGACAAAAAAGUUAACAGAGUGAAUAAAGCUUUUGUAGAUAUACAAAAGGAACUGGCAAACUUCUCAAAAGGCUGUUCCUUUGAACCUCUGCAGAAACAACUGAUAUCUCAGCAGUGUCAUGAAAACGUACCAGUUAAUGUUGAUGAAGCUACAAGAUUAAUGGCUCACUUGUAAUACACCGAUGAUGCAUCAAAUUCCCCAAAACAACCAAUAAAUUUAAUCUUCUAUACAAGAAAAAAAAGUUAAGUAAGGAAAU